AUGUUCAUACACACCGAGUAUUCGGCCGAGAACACUGUCUCGCCCGUUUGCUCGGUAUCCUGGAUACGAAAACGGGAUCUGCACAUCCUAACAGUGGGUGUACAUACGUAUAGCAGCGACGCGCGGUUCGCGGCGCUACACGCGGACGGCUCGGACGAGUGGACGCUGAGGGUUGCGCCGGCGCAGCCGAGGGACUCCGGCGCGUACGAGUGCCAGGUGUCCACUGAGCCAAAGAUCAGCUUGUCUUUUCGCCUAACAGUUGUUGUGUCAAAGGCCGAAAUCCUGUCCGGGCCCGAGUUGUUCGUCCGGGCUGGUUCGGACAUCAAUCUCACUUGCGUCGCCAAACACGCGCCGGACCCACCGAGCUUCAUCUACUGGUAUCGAGGAGAGCAAGUGGUGAACUACGCGCAGCGUGGAGGCAUCAGCGUGGAGACGGAGCAGCGAACGCGAACCAGUCGAUUACUGAUCGCACGCGCAGCGCCGCACGAUUCAGGGAACUACACGUGCGCGCCUAGUAGUUCGGAAUCAGCGUCAGUGAUAGUCCACGUGCUGAGCGGCGAGAGGCCAGCAGCGAUGCAGAGCUCAGGAUCAACGCCGCCGCGCCUCGACCGGGCCAUCCUCGCCACCGUCGCCACCAUCUCAACCAUCAACCGCCCCAAGCCCUGGCUGCUCAUCACCCUACCCUUCAUAGCACAAUACAUCUCCCUACUAACACUACUCAUCAUCAUCAUCUUCGCCAACACCAUCAGCGAAACCAUCACCACACCACUCCUCUCUACAAGAUGACCAAAUUCAACACAAUAAUUUAUCGGCCAUUUUUAUCCUUGUAAAAAUUGUACAUUGAAAAGAAGCGUUUGUAAUUGAAUGAGUUUAACAAUCCGAUGGAUUACGUUAAUGGAUGUAUUUAAUACAACGACGAUAGAUACUAAUGUUUCCUGUGAGGUAAAUAAGGUGAUCAAAAUUAUUAAUGUACAGUCAAUUUUAGGUGUUUAUGUUCUA